CGUCAUAUCCCGGCGACUGGCGAAAGGACAGCAAAGGAGGAAACAUGGCUGCAAGGUUACUGCUCCGCUCAGCUUUCCGAGCCGCGUCAACCUGCCGGGCGGCCCCGGUGCCCGCCCUGACCCGCGGCAUGGCGGCUGGAGGGAUCCCCACUGACGAGGAGCAGGCCACCGGCCUGGAGAAAAUCAUCAUGAAGGCCGCCAAGGAGGGCGCGGACCCCUACAGCAUGAUGAAGCCUAAAGAGUACGCUGGCUCCAAGGCCGAUCCUCACCUCGUUCCCUCCAUCACUAACAAGAGGAUCGUGGGAUGUGUCUGUGAAGAAGACAACACGGCCGUGGUCUGGUUCUGGCUCCACCAGGGUGACGCCCAGCGCUGCCCCUCCUGUGGGUCCCACUACAAACUGGUGGCCCACCAACUCCCCCACUAACCCCCCCCACACACACACCUCUCUUAACAUAGACGUUAGUCUUCAGAACGACUACAAGAAA